UCAAAAACAUUAAAAGUGCUGCGAUAAAAAAUAUAAUUAACAAUGUUAAAAUGGAUCUUAUCUUAAGAUUUUUACCGACAAAUCCCUUAAGAUUAACAGCUUCAAGAAUAUUAUUAACUCAUGUAGCCAAUUAUACACGACUAGCUGAGGUUGGUAAAUUAGAAGCACCUAAAACGACAGGCAAGUACGAAACCGGACAACUAAUUUUGCAUAAGGUAUUCGGUUAUCGUGGUGUGAUACUUUUCCCAUGGUUAGCAAGAGUAUAUGACAGAGAUGCCACCAAUAAAAAGGAGACUAUGGAAUCAGCGGAAACCACCGAUGCAAAUAGAGAUUCUUUGUCAAAUGUUGGCAAAGAAGUCAAAGGAAGGACGCAUACAUUUUACCAAGUUUUGAUAGAUACAAGAGAUGCACCUUAUAUAACUGUGCAAACACACAUCGAUAUGAGACCUGAAUGGAAAAAGAAGCGCGCGCAAACCGAAGCUGUCACAUUUCUCGGCAACCAAGAGUCUAGUCGCAGUUUGUAUGCCAUACCUGGCUUAGACUAUGUGGCUCAUGAUGACAUCAUACCUUACGCGUCCGUAGAGCGUGUUCCACUGCAGCACGAGUUAUUUGAUAAAUUCCUAAUGCACAACCCUGAUAAAGAUCCACCGUUUAUAGCACAAGAAACCCUACGAGCAUGGCAGAAAAAAAACCAUCCUUGGCUAGAGCUAAGCGACGUUCACCGCGAGACCACCGAAGGGGUACGCGUCACAGUUAUACCAUUUUACAUGGGCAGUAGAGAGUCCCAAAACUCUGCUGUUUACUGGUGGCGGUACUGCAUCCGUUUAGAGAACAUGGGUUCGCAAGCUGUUCAGUUGCGAGAGCGGCACUGGCGGAUUUUCUCCCUCAGUGGCACGUUAGAGACAGUCCGUGGUCGGGGGGUGGUUGGACAGGAGCCGCUGCUGGCAAGGCACUCUCCCGCCUUCCAGUACAGUAGUCACGUGAGCCUGCAGGCGCCCAGCGGACACAUGUGGGGAACUUUUAGAAUGGAGCGCGAAGAUGGAUACACUUUCGACUGUCGCAUACCGCCUUUCUCCCUCGAGAGCAAACCCGACGAAGGCACGCCCGUCGCUCCCACCACCGCCGCGUGAGACAAAGCAGCUCCCCUCAUCCCACAAUAGGGUAUUUAAAAUAAUAUUGUGAAAAUUCUUCUCAGGUACAUUUCUUACUUAUUAAAAGUUAUUUAAUUUAAAAAAAAACAACAUAUUACCGAAGUCUGAUACAAGUUCACUUCUGUCAAUAUUUAUCAGGAUUUCAUAUUUUGUGUUAAUAUUAAUAUCAAUUCUUUUAAGUACAUUUUUGUAUGGUUUACUAGUGGCCCGUAUUUUGACAGAACGAUUGUUUGUUUGACCGAUCGGCACUGAGGAUCGUGAGGAUUAAUAAUUUGGGUUUUGGAAUGAAGAAAGAGGCGGGGCUUACUGUUUAGAUCUCGUGAUUGGUUUAUCAUCUUAUAUCACGUGACCGUAGUGGUUCACUAAUGUCCAAUAUUCAAACUGAUCCCCCAUCUUUUAAACCAAAGAAAAUUAGAUAUUUUAAUAGAUACGUGUGGGCAUUUGACGCGGGAAAAUUGAAAUGAACUUUUACUGAGUAAAAUCAAUAAGACGAUUUCACGUUAGCUUUAAAACUGUUAUAUCAAAAAGGUUAAAAUAUCUAAAAUCUUACCAAUUCGUCUUUGUUUCUUAUUCACCUGUAAGGUAUUAAGAUGUCUGUCAGGUGAUAGAAGAAUUACCGUACUAAUGUAAUAAUGUAAGAACGAAUCAGCCACCGCGUAGGCUAACACUUCCUGCGCUAGUUACAUUUUCAUGAAUAUUGGUAUAUGAAAGUGUCGUUUCUUUGCUUGAAAUGUGAGCUUUAUGCUAUAUGACUUAAAUUGUUAUUUGAAGUGUGUGAUGCACAUGGGCAACGAAUGUUUUCACUGGUACAAAAAUAUUUAAAAGUUUCCUUUAUGCCUCAUAACAUAAAAUUUACAUUACAAUGCUUUAAUGUUUUAUACAGUUAAUGAAUCCAACACAGGCAAUUUAGACAAUAUGAACUGUCGAAAAACGGGACACGGGACGACCUUUGCCAUUAUAAAUAAAUAUAAUUAAAACAAAAUAAAUAAGUACUUACAAUUCAGCAGUACUUGUGAGAAUGUAAUUAAACAUGACAUCAAAUUAUUGUUUUCAAACAUAUUUAUAAUCACAGGUGGCGCUAAAAGGUCUAGUGUAAACCAUUUUGGCAUUCUAUAAAUUUCUUAAAUUUAGAUUGUUUAACGGUUACCGGUAACGGUGCCACAUCUGUUGUAACAAAUCCCUAACCAAAACUUAAUUGAUAGAUCUAAAAUACUGUUGUGCUUUGAACAAGUUUGUUAUUUAAAAGGAUAGCACUACUUCAAGACUUAUCAAUUUAGUGAAGAUUUAUGAAUCUACAGCUGAAUUUACAAAACUUUCCUUUAAAAAAAUUGGAGUUUUGAAGUUUGUGUAUUUAUGUAUUGAGAAAUUCAAGAUUGAUGUGAUAAUUUUCGUUAUUGGCUGAAUUAGAAACGUCAUACGUAAAAUGACUUUAUAGUAAGCAAAACGCGGUCAACUUAAAGGGCAAUGAGUUAGUGUGGUGCCGAGAAUUGCGGAGGGUCCCCUUUGCCCGCAAUGCAUACAACAGGCCACCCCCGCUUUGCUUGCGCGACGAAACUAUCAAUGAGUAUACGAAGUAGUUGACUCUUUAUAUACUCAACGAGGCCAGAAUUAUCAAUCGCUACAUGUUUUUUUUAUACUCUUUAUUUUCACACCACUAUACGUUAGGGAUAUAAAAAAAGUAAUAGAAAACAAAGCAAGAAAUAGAUAAAAGGGUGGAUUUAUCUUAAAGUAGCGAUCUCUAAAUAAAUUUAAAAAAGUAUUAUGUUUUAUAUUACUUAAAUGCCCGCAAAGAAAAAAGUAAUAAUGUGUAAAACUUGACCAUUUAUAAUCAAGAACUUUCUGUUAAACCCAUAUUCUAAAUUAAAACUGCAUGUUCUAACAGAGUAUGAUAAAGCUACAAAAUAUACCAAGUAAGAUAUGUUCCAAUCUAAAUCAAACUGUGUGGAAUUUCGUCCAUCCCAUUUGAAUUCAGUCAAUUAUCCAAGACUUAAAGAGUCGCCAACCAAUAAAGAUUGCAUUGUGUGCAGAAUACGGCUUGUAUUGUCACUCAACUUAUGUAUUUGAUUCAGCUAUAAAAAAUAGUAGUACUUGCUUGUCGAGUUUUUCGUAUAAAAUAUGUGUACCAUAUGUAAGAAUAUUUCUUAGUACGCAACGGUGUGAAUUCGAUACACCGAAGUCAUUAUUUUUAAUUAAUCAAUAGUCGAAGAAUAUUUAUUACGAAUGUAGCCUUAGUUGACCCUUUAGGCUGUAAACAGAAAUUCCCUAGUUAUUGUAACGAAUUUUAGAUCUUUAAUAAAUUACAGUAUUCUGUUGGU